UCAAUAUUUAAUGAUGUUACAACAAUUUUAGUGGCUCUUGUUGUCUUAUUAAUUAUUGGAUAUGUCAUCUCAAUGCAGGAACGAUCUGGAAUACCUCCUGGACCACCAUUUUGGCCAGUUGUGGGGAACAUGUUGGAUAUGCGAGGCAAACUCGUAGGUAAGAGACAUAGAUAUUAUGCCGAACUUCAAGAAAAAUAUGGCGACAUCUUUCGUAUUUAUUGCGGCGACCAGUUGUUGAUAGUUUAAAUGACUUUGAAUCUAUAGAAGAGGCUUUUGUUAAGCAGAAGGACCGGUUUAGUACUCGUCCUAUAGAGAAGUUAUGGGUGAUGAAACAGCUCGGCAAAGGUGGGAACGGGAUCAUCUGGGCUAAUGGACAAGAUUGGAAGAAUGUGAGACGCAUGUCACUCCGUAGUCUUCGCGAUCUAGGGGUGGGAAAAUCAACCCUGGAAGAACAGAUUAAGGAAGAAACUAACAUCAUUUUGGACUUUUUAUCAAACUGUGAAGACAAACCAAUUAAAGUCCAUGAAUUGAUGAUGAAAGCCACAACCAACAUCAUUAGUAUAGUUGUGUUUAGUAAACGGUAUGAUUAUGGUGAUCCCGAAUUUCUUCAGAUCCUUAAGGUUCUAGAAGAUGGAUUUGGUGAUAUGGUCUUUUUUACACCCGUUCAUCGUUUUCCUAUGCUUCGUUUCAUACCUUUCAUAGCCUCACAAAUGUUGGCAGGACGAAAUGCCAUGAUGGCGGUGGAACAGUUGAUUGCUAAACACAUUGAAAAGCGCAGGCAGGUUUUUGAUAAAGAGGAUAUAAGUGAUUUGAUAGAUGUAUACUUCGACACGUGUGCUAACAAGGAGUCCAGUACCAUUAGUGAAAGUAACAUGAGAAGAAUCAUUUUGGAUCUGUUUUUUGCUGGUUCUGACACAACAGUCACUACGCUGGACUGGGCAUUUCUCUAUAUGGUCCUUCAUCCGGAAGUCCAGAAGAAAUGCCAAGAGGAAAUUGAUAGCGUGGUCGGCGAUGACCGUAUGGUUGACUGGUCUGAUAAGUCUAAAUUGUCUUACAACGAAGCGACACUUCUGGAAGUACAACGUCUAGGAAACGCACUACCAAUGUCACUACCUCACACCACUGUCAAAGAUACCAAAGUUAAAGGAUAUCUUAUCCCAGAAGGUACCUUAGUUUAUGCAAAUCUGUACGCCUGCCAUCUUGAUUCUAGAUACUGGAAGGAACCCUUGAAAUUUAAACCAGAGAGGUUCUUAGAUGGCUCCGGAAACGUAUCCAAACCUCCUGUUACCUUUAUGCCAUUUUCAACAGGUCCACGGAUGUGCCCAGGAGAACCACUUGCUAGAAUGGAACUAUUUCUGUUUUUCACAAAUAUCCUACAGAGAUUUUCUGUGUCGCUUUCCGGUGGUGAGAAGCCCAGUAAUGAUGGAUUUUGUGGAAUGCGCAUGUCAACACCAGAAUAUACUAUCCAUGCUACACGUCGAUAAGUUUUCUGUAAACUUGUUAAUUAGUUUGCCUCAAACGGAGCAGAACAGUAGGACGUUAAACCCAAUUUCAUUUCAUAUAUAUAGCUUAGUUGUAAUUACUUAUGUUUUGUCAAUAUGUUAAAGGAGCUAAGUCCGUAACUCAAAAUCCUCCAAAAUCUUCGACAUCGAAAACACGAAUUAUUGGUCAAUUUAAAUCAACAUUGAUGAUGUAAACUUACCGGGAAAAGAUGAGCCUCUGAUAUCCGAUAUUUAAGAUAAAAUAAUUUUUUUAACAUUGGUACACAAUCGUGUACCAUAAUGCGCUUCAGCCCCAGUUGUAUUGAGAGACUCGAGGGACGAGGCUAGACACAUUGCACCAAAUCAAAUGGAGUUAUGUAGACUAGAAUAACUAGACGCUAGACAUUUGCACUCGAUUGAGAUUGCUGACUUAUUUCGCUGAUUUGAAAUUGGAGUAAAAACGGAAACCAUUAAAUGUAAAUCAGUUUAUAUACAUUCAUAUUACAGUAUUAUAUGCGUUGCGACCCACUUUUGUGAAUUUUUAGGUCCCAAAUGUUAGCGAUUUAGCUCCUUUAAUAUGGUCGUAUCUUGUUCUUGUCCCUUGGCAAUCUUACAGGGGUUUUCUGUAUCAGCUUCCGGCACGGUGAAAUUUGGUACAUGGGUAUGUCGACACCAGGAUAUACCUCUUGCCGAACAGCUAAAUCUAUUUUUAAGGGUAUUUCAAUUUUUGUCAAGGUCGUUGAGAUGUAAAUAAGGUUAGAGCCCGUGAUUCUUGGCGAGAUGGUAGGUUAGGGUAAGCAUUGGGGUUAGGUCCAGGGUUAGGGUUGGGAUUAGCGCUAGCUAUGUUUACAUCUCGUAACCUCAGACGAAAAACUGAACUGCACCUUAUCAUUUAGCACUAAUCCUCGAUGUGUUUUCUGUAAACCUAUUUCAUUGUAUGGCUUUGUUCCCGUGUCACAUGUGUGUACGUCCACAUGUUCUUCGACCUAUGCUCAGUUCACACUUACUUUUUUACAAAACGGAAGAUAUGAAUCUUCAAGUACUGGUUACAUAUUUUGAAUAGUGAAAACUGUUUUAUUUUGCUGAACUGUUUACAAACUUUGUUAGAUUUCCAUAAUGAUAGUAAAACACACGAUAGUCAGGAGUGGUUAAUUUGUAUUAAAAAUGAGUUAAAUGUAUUUGGUUUAAUGUAUAUUUUUACCGAGUAUAAUGAAAAAUAUUUACUUGCUAUUAUUAAUAUAAAUCUAACAAUUAUAUCCACAAAUAAUGUAAGUAGGAAAUGUGAACUGUACCGUAACAUUGUUACAACAUUUGAUUUACAAUAUUAUCUAAGGAACCCCUAAUCAAAUCUAAGUAAACAAGUAUUAUUUAAAUUCCUCCAACGUGGUUUCCCCUUGUCAGUGAUGCAGGACGGAGGGCCUGACAAGGACAGCUAGUCCUUCCGAUGAGACGAAAAACCGAGGUCCCGUGUAAACAUUGGAAUGCACGUAAAAGAUCCCUUAGCAGUUGGAAUUCGAUAUAAGAGUAGGCGAUAGUGCCGCUGCCCGGGCAAAAUUUCCCUCAUAGCACACUGUAUGGCGUAUGCCCGUCUUCAUUAGCCCAGUAUAGGAGCAGAACAGUAGGACGUUAAACCCCAUUUCAUUUCAUUAUUUAAAUUCCGCACGUCUUCUCACCUUCUAAAUAUUGAGAAUGGACGAUACUGUAAAAUACCAGUAGAUGAACGUAUAUGUCUAAUUUGUGAUAGUCACGACACUGAAGAUGUCCUGAGGUGUCCUGUUUAAAAAUCUAUCAGAGAACAAUAUCUUAAACGGUAUUGUUUUGUAAGACCUUCAGUAUUUAAACUCGCACAUUUGUUUGCAUCAAACAAUGUAAAUGAGUUGAAUAAGCUAAGUAAUUUGUUAAAACAGGCUUUGUGUUUAAGAAAAAGUUUAAUUACGGUUUGGUAGUUGAUUAUUUAAUUUAUUUAAUCAUUGCUGUUCUCAAAGACUCUGUGCCAUCA